ACACUUUCACAUGCCGACUUCAAUUUGCUCAUGGGGAGGGGAGUGGGCGCGCACCACUGUGGAGAUGUGUGUUGGGGAGCAGGAGACCGCCGAGUGCGGUCUGUGGUGGUCACAGUAUGGCGGCUCCGGAGCUUCAGCGUAUCGCUCUUCGUGUCAUGUAUAUGUGGACGUGCUCCUCUCCCGCAGAGAGGAACUGGGCCAUCCACGAGAGUACUCAAACGAAGAAGCAUAACCGGUUGUUGUUCCCGAAGGUCGCGAAGUUGGUUGAGAUCACGACCAACACGCGACUUCUGACUCUUCAAGACGCUAUCUGUGAGGGGGUGGACCACAGGAUAUCGGAGGAGGAUCGUGAUGCACAGGCGCAGUUUUGGCGACGGGAUGCUUGUGGUUCACGACCACCGCCGCCGGUCGAGGAUGUUUUCGGGGUCCGGGCCACCACUUUGAGGCCGUACCCGAAAGAUGACUCUAGUGGAGAUGAGCGCGAGGUGCAUGAUGAGGGAUUUCGCCCCUGCGGCGGUGCAGGAUCUCCACGUGCAGAGGACGACGGUGCAUGGAGUGACCCUGAGGAACUUCGUUGGCGUAGUGGGGGCAGAGAUAUAUUCGAGGACACAGGGAGGGGCAUGGAUGGAGUUGAGGGAUGUUGGGGCGGAUCGGGGCGCCCUCAUGUCGUGACGCUAGGAGGCAUGGGAGGAACCCAUGACAGACAGUGUCCGACAGCCGAGGGUGUAUCUUCCGUUGUACGGGGUUCAUCAGAUGACGACGACCAAUCAGGGGGUCAUGGCGAGGGACGGGUGUUUCAACAACUUAGGAAGGGUCUGAAGAACCCGAAGAGACAACUCAUACUGCAUUCGGAGUCGCUUCCGGCAUCACCGGGUGCGGGCACGGAGGGAGGGCAGAGACGAGAUUUGGGUGGUGGUGUUGGUUCUGGGUUGGGGAGAGCCUGGUCGCUAGUGGACCUGGGAACGCUUGGGGAGCCUCCCGGUGGCAGUGUAUGUCGCAGGGAGCUGGAUGAUGAGGCUCAUGAGGGGGCACAUCAUGACCAGGCUGGACUCGGGGACCAGGCUAUGGAAUCAGCAUCCAUGCACGAUUUCAUGAAGGAACUCGAGGCCACCCUCUCUUCCAUGACGGAGGGUGAGGCCGUUCUUGCGCAGGAGGGCGACGCCGAGGUGGUCUGGCCUCAACAUCGGUCGAUUCACACGGAAGAGCCUGCACCCGAAACAGAGGACAAGCGCAUGGCUCGAGAGGCAAGGGAGGAUGAGGAGGAGGCCGCGACGGCAAAGGCCUUAGCCGAUGUCGACCCACGCACACAGGCAAUGGCUCGUAACAUGGAGGCUAGACGUGAGCUAGAGACGGUAAGGAGGGUGAUGUCGGCGAGUGCGGGAGCAGGAGUGCAUAGGUUUCACGAGGACGUGCAUGACAUGGUCGCGGAGGAUCCCGUGUUGGAGGGCGCAGGUGCCACUGCGCACACGCAGGCAUUGGAGUCUCGCGGGUUCGUUGAGGAGGCAGGUGGCGACACUUCGCAUGCGGAUAGAGAGAGGGAGUGAGACACACGGGCUCGAUAUCGUCAGUUCAUCGCGACAUAG